CCAGGCCAGGCCGGGCCCCGCUGGAUGCCGGGCGGGCUGGCAGGCAGGCAGGCUGGCUGGAAACGUUGCUUGCCGGCUGCGCGGCGGGGUUGCAGCGAGGCGGAGGCUUUUCCUGUAUUUUGCUGACUCAGAUUCUGGGUUUCCAAGAAGAAGAAAGGAGAAGGACAAAUGUUGGAUGAAAAUACCAUGCUGACUCUCUGGUAUUGCUGAAAUACUAACUUCUGUUUUUCAGCAGUGCGUCCUCCAUGGAGGAGCUCAAACCUACUUCGGACAUUCUAGUAAGAACGUCGGUAUUUCCAGAGGGUUUCUCCUUUAUUUUUUCAUACAAGUUGAUCGAUAAACUUAAGGGUAUCACGGCGGAAAACGAAAAGCAGGUGACUUUCUUGUAACAACAAGCUUUCCCUAUUGGUGCAAACAACGCUUAUUUAACGAGAGGUGCAUCAGCCAAUUGGAUGGCAGCUGCUGGCAGGAAUGGAAGGCAGCCUCAUUCGGGGAUUUAAGCUCAACUUGGAGAUGAACAAGAGGACUGUUGAAAUGUUCUCCUUCCACGAGUGGCUGUAACAGUCGAGAGUCCUCUGGAUUUGCCUCCAAAAUGAUGGCUCCUUUCAGGUGGCAAGGAAUGACCUGCAAAGAUCAGCUUUGUGAUUCGGAAUAGGACCACAGUGUUCUAAGGAUGCCCAGGAGAGGAUUAAUAUUUCAAGCCAGAACGCGAUGGCUUUUUGUCGGGCUGGCUUUGCUGUUGAGUCUGUUACUGAUCAUGUAUCUCCUGGAGUGUGCCCCACCAACCGAAAGCAACCGAUCGCUUCCUGGCCUCGGAGGGGAUCAUUUUGGUAAGGAGCAUUACCAAGCUCUUCUUCAAGAGCAGGAAGAACACUACCAAAACAGGGCCGCCAGCCUGAAGCGUCAGAUCGCCCAGCUGAAGCUGGAACUUCAAGAGAUGAGUGAGAAAUUGAAGCUGUUGCAGGAUAAGAAAAACCCCAAAGUCCAAAGCAUGGGCUCUCCGGGCAUCAAGGAACAAACCUCCAAUGACCUCUUAGAAUACCUGCAUUCUCAAAUAGACAAAGCCGAAGUGAGCAUCGGCGCUAAGCUACCCAGCGAAUACGCCGUGAUCCCUUUUGAGAGCUUUACUCCCAUGAAGGUGUACCAGUUGGAGAUGGGACUCACCCGUCACCCAGAGGAGAAGCCCGUCCGAAAAGAUAAGCGGGAUGAGUUGGUGGAAGUGAUUGAGGCUGGCCUAGAGGUGAUCAAUAAUCCCGACGAAGAAGGUCAAGAGGAAGAAGACGGAAUCGGGGAGCGGCAGCUUUACACUGAAAGUGAUUUUGUAGAAGGUUAUUACCGCACGGAGAGAGACAAAGGCUCCCAGUAUGAAUUGUUCUACAAGAAAGCAGAUGAAAUGGAAUACAGACACGUUUCGUUGUUCCGUCCGUUUGGUCCUCUCAUGAAAGUGAAGACAGAGACUGUGGACAUCUCCCGGUCGAUGAUCAAUAUCAUAGUUCCUCUAGCGGGAAGGACAGAGGUUUUUGCACAAUUCAUGCAAAAUUUCAGGGAUGUUUGCAUUAAUCAAGACAAGCGGAUUCAUCUCACCGUGGUGUAUUUUGGACAGGAGGGGCUUUCUGAAGUCAAAAGCAUCUUAGAAUCCGUUGCGAGGGAGGCUGACUUCCAUAACUACACUCUGGUUUCUCUGAAUGAGGAAUUCAACCGUGGCCAAGGACUGGAUGUGGGUGCCCGAGCUUGGGAAAAAGGAGAAGUCUUGAUGUUCUUCUGCGAUGUGGAUAUUUAUUUCACGGCUGAAUUCUUGAACAGCUGCCGCCUGAAUACAGAACCAGGCAAGAAGGUUUUUUAUCCGGUGGUUUUCAGCCUUUAUAAUCCUGCCAUUGUCUACGCUAAUCAAGACGGGCCACCUCCAGUGGAACAGCAAUUGGUCCACAAAAAAGAUUCCGGCUUCUGGAGAGAUUUUGGCUUUGGGAUGAUGUGUCAGUAUCGCACAGAUUUCUUGGCCAUUGGAGGCUUUGACCUGGAAGUCAAAGGGUGGGGUGGAGAAGACGUUCACCUCUACCGGAAAUACCUGCACAGCAACCUGAUGGUGGUCAGGACUCCGGUGCCCGGCCUGUUUCAUCUUUGGCACGAGAAGCACUGUGCCGACGAAUUGACUCCCGAGCAAUACCGCAUGUGCAUCCAGUCGAAAGCCAUGAAUGAGGCUUCUCACUCGCACCUUGGCAUGCUUGUUUUCCGGGAGGAGAUCGAAACCCACCUGCGUAAGCAAGCCUACAAGACUAACAGUGAAGCCAUAGGCUAGAACGAUCUUCGGGGCAACCUUCAGACUCCGUAGCUGCUAUGAACCAGAUUUGGUUCGGAAGCCUUAAUUAACUCAGCUUACAAACAUGCAGUGCCUCUCCUCUCUCUCUCUCUCCCUCUCUCUCUCUCUCUCUCUCUCUCUCUCUCUCUCUCUCUCUCUCUCUCUGAGUCGAAAGAUCUCUUUCUGCGGCCAGGUAUCACCAAGGAUUUCACCAGAGGAGGCAUUCACCCAAAAGGGACUUCUUUCCCUUCACUUCAACAAGUUGGAUGGUGCACAUGGGGCGGGGUGAACUGGGGAGGAGAAGACCACCUCUUUUCCAAAUUUUCCACUUUUGGGGUUCUCCAACCUGCAUCCCGCGAAAGGGAUGGAUCACACCUCUCAGUUUUCCGCGGUUAUUCUGCAUUGUUCCUUUCCUUCUUUUUUUUUUUUUUUUAAGAAUGGACACGGUACGUAUUGUUCUGACCUAGGCUUCCCAAGAGCAUGAAGCAGACUCCUUGUCCCGACAAAACCCCCUUUUUAUUAAGUUACUAUGAAUUCCUCUCAUUCACAUCCAGCAAAGUCUUUCAAGGGAGAAUUUACAGUCACAGACCUUAUCUGACUUGGAGAGCUGCCAGGCCGAUAUAUUCAAAAUUUGGCAAGGAGUCUUGGAGAGUCACAAACCAAUUAAGCGAAUUAACCGUCUCCUGCAAACUCCACUCCCCUUUCGCUCCUCUUUAUUCCCUAUGGGAGGGGCCAUUCACGUCCACUUAUGGCUUUACUCCCAAGUCGACCCUUGUUCCUUAGCUGUUCCCUUCCCCUGGCAGCUCUGCACAUGCACACACUGGGAACAGGCUCCAGCUGUUCUUCUGCCCCACUGAUGUCCGACUCCAAAGGCAGCUGACAAUUGUCAGACGGCCCUGGCCCCAUCUCUGCCUCCAACGCAGAGCAUUCAUCAGAGCCUUCCGCAGACUCCAGGACUGCCCCAUGUUCCUCCUCAAUGUCCUCACUGUCUGAGUCUGCCACCAGCUCCGCUGGCCACUGGCGGGCCACAACACGUAUCCCUUUAAUGGGAAGAGGCAGAAGGUAGGUGUGAUUGUGCCGACUGACACAUCGUUGCAGCUAGAACCACUGAGUUUGCCUUAUCAGGAACAUCCAUACACUUGCAAAAAAAAGUAAAAUAAAUCUAGAUGUCAGGUUUCUAAAAAAAAAUUAAAAUAAAAAAAGACCAUUCAAGAGUUUGCGAAACGGUUGCGGUGCCGUACUUUAGCAGAUUGUACAUGAGCUGAGCUUUAUAUGCUAUGUGCUUAUCCUAGCUACCAGCCAAUUUUUCUUUUUCUUUUCUUUUUUAUUUUCUUCUGCAUGUUUGGAGACCUAGAAUGAACAAGGAUUUAAAUGGUUCAAUUCUGAUCCUCUUGGCUCUUCAGAGGAAAGUAGCAAUGUUUCUGCCCCUUGACCGAGGCGGAGAACAUCAGAAAAUGGCCCUGAAAGUUAGACACAAGUCAACUUUGCUAACUAUCUCCUUUUUAUAUUUCUUAGCCUUGGGCGCACAAGUUUGUCUAUUCAGGCUGAAUUGGAAUGAACACUAGUGGCAGAAAAGUGGAAUUAUGCUCUCUCUCUCUCUCUCUCGUUCUCUCUCUCUCUCCCCCUUUUUUUUUUUUUAUUUAAUCUAUCCAUUUCAAACAGGAUUUGUCAAAGAGAUGCCAGAACUCUCCCAACAAAUUCCUGGAUAACGGGGAAAAAUAAAAAAAAGACAGGUUGAAGUUUUUCUCUGUCUGAAUCGCCGUAUAACUAUUUGGGCCCAUCCCUUUUUAACACGUAGUUUGCUUUUAUAUAAUAACAUUAUUGAGAACAAAUAUUAUUUAUCUGACUUGGGAGAGAAUGUCAUGGGGCUUGCUGUUGUCGUGUCUUUAUAAAUAAAUUGAAUAUUCCUCUCUUUUGA